UAAUAAACGAAAACAGGUCUGCUUCUCGACUUCAGAGUUGCAAGAAGAAAACAGAAAGAUGGUGCUUAGAAGCUCCAUCUCCAACACAAAAAAAUUCUUCCAAAAAACUAUCGACAAUUUCAAAUCAUUUUUCUCCAACAAUGCUACCUAUCACAAACUACCUAAAACACCUCAUAACAUUUCCAUCAACGAUCAUCAUCAUCAAAACCCAAAUAACAUCAUAUCAUCAUCAUCGACAUCAGCCAUACAUAAGCAGUUACAGCCUAAAUCCAGAGAUUAUGUGACCAAAAACAGAGUUUUGACUCAACCACCGAGAAGAGGAGACAGAGAUGAGACACUCUUUUCCAAACCAAAGGUUGAGCUUGUUCUCCUAAAGCUACAAAAGAUGGAGGAGAUAAUGAAUGGUGAUAUAAUAAAUGAUGAGGAACAUGUCUUAGAUGUUCGGGAGUUCCUCGAUUGCUACUCUCGUCUUCGUUGCGCUGCUUACAUCGAUGUGGUUGAGAAGUUUUUUAUGGAGGUCUACUCUGAUUUUUUUAGCCCUCAACCUCUCGAGCACACGACUAGAGUGGUCGUUCAAUCACGUUACCCCUACGGUGGCCAGAAUAACUGAUGGAAAUUCUGAUAUGAUGAUCUGUCUUCUUUAUUUUAUUUUAUUUUUUUGCUUGUCAUUUAUUUUUUAACUUCAUGAUCUUAUUCCCUGUUGUGUGGCUGUAUUUUA